GACCCGACUCUAUCAGGGCCAUUCCUUCAUGCCACGGAAACGUUGAGGAAGUACAAGAACAGGAUUAUUACUGCAUUUCGUCAAUGCAGCAGAUGACUCGGUUUGUAUCUCCUUGGUAAUGAGAAGCGACGCCUUCAUGGGCUCAUCGACGGUGAGCCUAUCGAGGCCCUGCCAGACACCGGUUCAGACGUCAUGGUUCUGUCCGAAGAGUAUGCUCUUUCUCGCGGGUUCUCGGUCGACAGGAGCCCUUGAGUAUCAAGUUGAGCUUGAGCUAGCUGAUGGCUCUGAAGUCUCUCCUUGUGGCCUACUUCGUGGGGUAAACUGGAUGUUCGCUGCGUCGCGACGAAGGGUCAAAUGCGACUUCUACGUCCUCAAAGACUUGUGUACGGAUGUUGUUCUCAGCAACGACUUUUUAUUCGGAUAUGACGUGUUUUUCACGCAAAUCGACUCACUUUCGGAGCCAUCGUACAGCGAAGAGGAUCCGGAGCUGCUAUUUAUCAGCCUGAAAAGGAACGGCCGGUCCGAAUUGAUGCAGCCCGAGGAUCCUUCCAACAUUGAUUACACCUCUGCUAAUGUCUUUAGUCGCCAGCGAGUACUGGCUGAGCUCGAUCGCUGUGAUAAAUUCGACGAGUGAAUCGCCGCGCGAGGUCCCAACGAGCAAGAAGCUGAGCGGAGAGUCGAACUUGAGAGACGACGGCUAUGGGAAGAGCUUCGGCAGAGGCAUCGACAACUCCAGGCCACUGCUCGUUUGAACGAUGGUACUCUGUCCACGUCGGCGCCGGCACCAAACAAAAACACGGCGACGGAGGCGAAGGUUAGGGGGCGUUUGGGAUUCGCAUACUUUUUUGCAAGGCUACGAGUCAAGGCUGUCAGGAGCUAGAAUAUGAAGUGUU